GCCAUUAAACCUGAAAGAAGAAGAAGAAGAAGAAGAAGUUCCGCGCACAUGUCACGCGGAGAGUUUACCGUGAACUCGUGUUGUAGCUUAGAGCCAAAUCUGCAGCACUAACAGAGACAGUAGCGCUAUUUAUUUGACCUGUGUUCAUAAUGGAUUCGUCUGAAUCUGCCGCUGGAAAGCAAAGAAAGAGCGCGAAAAGGCCUCCGAGCGAGGACGCGGGCGCGGCGGAGGAGCGUCUGAAGCAGAAGAAGCACUCGGCGCUGUGCGCGACGCUCGGCGGGGAGGACGCGUCCGUCAGGCUGCUGGAGGAGCUGGUGUUCGGCGCGGAGGAGCGGCUGAGCGAGCGGCUGGCGCAGGACAGCAGCGUGCUACUGGAGGAUGACGACACACACAGCGUCGGCUCCGAGGACUGCGGCUCCGAGCGGCCCGCCGUCAGGAGCGCAGUGUGGGAGGAUGAGGACGAUGAGCUGGAUGAAGAGGUUGACAUGACGCAUCGGUUUCGCAGAGACUUUAAAAAGAGUGAAGCAGAGAAUAAAAUGACAAAACCGAGGCUGCAGCAGCGCUUAAAGGAGCAGUUUCAGAAAGCCAUGGGCGGCACACCCAGCUGGGCAGAAGUGACCGCAAAGAGGAGUCAGAAGAAAGCAGAGCCUGAGACUGAAGAUGAGGAUGAAAGUGAAGAACUGUUGCGCAGGACUGGUAACUUCAUCGGCUCGUCUGACAGCCUGCCGAAGGGAAUCAUCAAGAUAAAGAAGUGCUUGAAUGCGAACAGUGAGUGUCCCGGCGGUGAUCAGCUGAGCUCCGUGCAGUUUCACCCGUCUGCUCAGAUCGUGAUGACCGCAGGGCUGGAUCACUCCGUAUCACUCUUUCAGGUUGAUGGCAAGAGCAACCCAAAGAUCCAGACCAUCCAUCUGGAGAAUUAUCCCGUGAAUAAGGCUUCGUUCAGUGCCGAUGGGGAGCAUAUAGUGGCGACUGGAAUGAGGAACAAGCUCUUCUACAUCUAUGACAUGAUGGAAGGCAAGGUUAUCCCUGUAUUGAGUGUCAGAGGUCUGAAUGAGCAGAGGGUGUCAGACUUUCAGGUUUCUCCAGAUGGGAAGUAUCUUCUCCUCUCUGGUUCUUCAGGAUAUCUCCACCUCAUGACCACGAAGACCCGAGAAGUGAUCCGAAGCAUGAAGAUGAAUGGCAGUGUGUGCGCUGCAGCUUUCACCUCAGACAGCAGCAAGAUCUUUGCCAACUCCCAGGAAGGUGAGGUGUUCAUCUGGGAUGUGCAGAGCAGUAAAUGUCUGAAGAAAUUUGCGGAUGACGGCUGUAUCAGAGGAACGUCUCUUGCGCUGUCCCGGGACGGCCUGUAUCUGGCCUGUGGGUCUCAGAGUGGUGUGGUGAACAUCUACUCCCAGAAGGACUGUCUGCACACGCUGGAGCCCAGACCUCUGAAGGCCGUCAUGAACCUGGUGACAGCAGCCACCUCUCUGUGCUUCAACAGCACCUCCGAGAUCCUGUCCAUCGGAUCCAGAGCGGAUGACGAGGCCAACCGGCUGGUCCAUCUUCCAAGUUUCACAGUGUUCUCCAAUUUUCCACAAUUCCAAAAGAAAACCAUAUUUCGAACCCGGUGUCUGGAUUUCUCCCCACAGAGUGGAUUCUACACUGUGGCCAAUAAUAAAGGCCAUGCGCUGCUCUUCAGGUGA